UAUCUUCUGGUUGUACACAAGAUUACCACAAUUUACUAAAAGAGAUGAAUUAAUAGAAAAAUAACCCUCUCAAGCCACAUGCAAUGCUGCAAAAUUCUCUAAUAUUUCUCCAUCACCUUGAAGCUGUUUUUAAAAAAAAAAGUCUCAAGUGGGAAGAGCUUCACGUGUUAUUACACCACUAAAGUUAGUAAUUCUCCACAUUGUUUAUCAAACUAUCAGUACUUUGGAAAGACUUCCAUUAAGAUUAUACAUACAGUAUGUUUCUUCUUGGGAACCACCACUUUGCUUUCUGUUUAAACAUAUAGUAAAACAUAAAAACAUUGUACAGAGAUCUGAAUAUAAUCCUUAUUCUAAGUUUUGAUUUUGGUUCCUGUUUUCUUUAUGAUUCCUUGUGUAACUUGAAGUUUUUUUGAUCAAAUCCAAAUUAGUAGUGAUCAAGAUUUGAUUGGAUACAAGAAGAAGAUUUCGAUGAAGAAUAAUCAUAAUAAUAACAGUGUUAAGCUUGCUGGGUAUGUUGAUAUAUUCAUUUCAAAGAGUAAAAGAAAUGUGAUAUCAAGUGUUGGUUAUGGAGUUGGAAUUUCAUUUCUUGUUUUUACACUUCUUUUUAGUUACUAUUCUCCAUUCAAAUCAACUUCAUUAUUAACCUACCGUUCUAGUUUCCAGAAUAAUAUAUGUUUCUCUAAAUCUUCUCAAAAUGUAUUUUCCAUUUCGUGGCAUUUUUGUUAUCCGAAUUCUACUGCUACUAGUAGUGAUGAUUCUUUGUUAAAAGAAUCACAAAUUGAAACAAAUGUUACAAAAACAGGAUUUACAAAUGAAACUGUUUUUAACGAGGAAUUGGAAAAGAACUCAACUUUUCCGGCUCCAGCUCCAGCUCCGGAAGCCGGAGAUAACUCGUUAAUUCGAGAUGGAGAAUCCGUCGAUGCAACCACCAACAACGAUACUGGUAUUUCGGUUCCUGUACUUGGAGUUCAUGAAGAAGAACUCGUUAAUAACGUAACGGCUAGCUCUUCUGAUCCGCAACUCGGAAAUUAUACCAACACUACUGCGAUUGAUAGUACUGGGAAUGCUACGGAUAUUACUACCAUAACCACUGCUAAUGAGGAACAAGAAUGUGAUAUUUUCGAUGGGCAAUGGGUACUGAGGGAAGAUAUAAAACCAUAUUAUCCUGAAGGUUCAUGUCCAUAUAUUGAUAAGGAUUUUGAUUGUUAUCUUAAUAAGAGACCGGAUAAUGAUUUCUUGAAAUGGCAAUGGCAACCCAAGAAUUGCAAUGUCUUAAGAUUAAAUGCAACUGAUUUUCUAGAGAGAAUGAGAGGAAAAAGAAUGCUAUUCAUUGGGGAUUCAUUGAAUAGAAACAUGUGGGAGUCUUUAAAUUGUAUGCUAAGGAAUAGUGUUAGGAAUAAGAAGAAAGUUUAUGAGAUUUCAGGAAGGAUGGAAUUCAAGAAAAAAGGAGUUGCUUCAAUCAAAUACGAGGAUUAUAAUUGUUACAUAGAUUUUGUUCAUGCUCCAUUUCUGGUCAGUGAAUCGAAAUACUUCAAUACUACAAAUAAUCAAACAAUAGAGACUUUAAGACUGGAUUGGAUGAACAAACUAGCAACAUUAUCUCGUGAUGCUGAUUUUAUGAUCUUCAAUUCAUGGCAUUGGUGGAAUCAUUUCAAAACUGGACAAGGGGAGAACUAUUUUCAAGUGGGUAGACAUGUAUACCCCAAACUUGGAGUACUUGAAGCAUACGAGAAAGCACUUGCUACUUGGAGAAAAUGGAUCGACAAGAACAUUGAUUCUAACAAAACUCAAGUUAUUUUCAGAAGCUAUUCAGUUACCCACUUCAGCGGAGGAAAAUGGAAUACGGGUGGAAAAUGCAACAGAGUAAAAGAACCAAUUUUGGAUGAACCUAACUACAUAGAAAAGUAUCCUGCAAAAUUGAAAAUACUAGAAGACGCUGUACGACGAAUGAAGACUCCUGUUUUAUAUCUCAAUAUAACUAGACUUACUUAUUAUCGAGCCGAUGCUCACCCUUCGAUUUAUCGGAAAGUAUACAAAACCGUUGACGAAGAGAAGGAUGCAGCUGAAAAUUCCAUACAGGAUUGUAACCAUUGGUGUUUGCCUGGUAUUCCUGAUAUAUGGAAUGAAUUACUUUACAAUACUCUCUUAAAGAUUGGAAGAUUAUAAUCGUAAUUAGCGCAGUAACAUACUGUAUUUGAGAGAUCUUAAAAACGGAGGUCUAGCUUCACAGUUAUUCUUUUUUGGUUAAUGUAAUUUUUGUUUAGUAUUUAUUUUAAAACAAACUGUACAAGAAAUGAAAUUUUGUGAUUACUGUCUAAACACACGUUUAA